GAGAGAGAGAGAGAGAGAGAGAGAGAGGGAGAUGAAGGGAUGACAUAAAACGAUGCAGAGAGAGGAGGAGAAGAGAAAGAGAACCGGUUCUGCACGCGCUCAGACUCCUUCAUGGACCUGGAAUAUUUUCGGGGUUUCUUCCUCCUUUUUUCUUCCCACCGGUGCUUUUUUUUUUUUAAACGCGCAGGAGAACCGUGACUGGCAUCAUAAAAAUCUCUGACACCCCCCACCCACACACACACACACACACACACACACACACACACACACACACACACACACACACACACGCGCGCGCGCGCGCUCACAGGCAUAUGGAUACGCACGGACAUGAAGGGAGAUACUUUUUAUUUUAAGAUUUGGACUGCAUUGAGAGAGAUAAGGUGAGGACACCGGUUACACACACACACACACACACACACACACACACACACACACACACACACACACAUACACACACACACACACACACUGGACGGACUAUGAACAGGAGGAUUUGAGUCUUUUUGCUGCUGCGCCGCAAAGUUGCGAAGACAUCUGUCCACUUGAGUCGUGACAGCAUGGAUGUGUCCUGCGCGUUGCCGGGCUCCCGGCGUCCCACCAGGAUCUGGUGCUGCUGGCGGCUUUUCUUCCUGCUCAGCGUCCUCUGCCACCAAUACCUGGGCUCCCUGCUGGACUGCCCGCCCACCUGCACCUGCUCGCCCGCAGACAUCUACUGCAAUAAGUCGGACAGCAGCAGGUUCUUCCCGCUGCUGUCCUUCCAGGGCACCGGCAGCACCGCCAACAGCACCGGGAGCAUCGAGGACCUUUUCCAGAACAUCAGCUCCAUACACAUUGAGAACUGGACGGGUCUGCAGACGCUGAGGGACGUGGACAUGGAGCUGUACACUGGCUUACAGAGGCUAACUAUUACGAGGAGCAACCUGCAUUCGAUCCAGGCUCGGGUUUUCUCCAAGAACCCCCAGCUGCGCUACAUAAACCUGUCCAAGAACCCCAUGUUGACCACACUGUCCUGGCAGAUCUUUGAACAUCUGCAGCUCUUCGAACUUCAUUUAGAGGAGGUGGUGUUUGACUGCGGCUGUGAGAUCCGCUGGCUGCAGCUAUGGCAACAGAGAGGAGAGGCGGGGCUAAGCAGCCAACAGUUACACUGUGCUGACGGCAACAGGACCAUUCUGCUGCACAACAUGAACAUCAGCAACUGUGACCUGCCAGAUAUCAGCGUCAGCCACAGCAACCUCACUGUUAUCGAGGGGGAUCGAGUAACGGCCAUCUGUAACGGCUCGGGAUCCCCGUUACCUGAGGUGGACUGGCCCGUCAACGGCCUGCACUCCAUCAAUGCACAGGAGGCCAGAGUCUACGACAACAACACCAUUCAUUCCAUCAACAUCACGCUGGUCAACGUGAGCAGAGACGACAACAACUUCCUGCUAACCUGCACUGCCACCAACAUAGUGGGCAUGACCAACGCUUCGGUCCAGCUAACUGUUCACUUUCCCCCCUCGAUCGUGAAGCUGAAGGAGCCAGAACGCCGCCACGACACGUGCAUAGAGUUCACUGUUCGCGGGUCGCCCCACCCGGCCUUACGGUGGUUCUACAAAGAUGAGGAAAUAUCCCACACUGAGUAUGUGCGUCCUGAUAUGGAUAUUUAUCAGGACUAUGUAGAGGGCUGCCUGACCUUUAAAAACCCUACGCACCACAACAACGGCAACUACACUCUGGAGGCCAGCAACUACCUGGGUGUGGCCACCAGCACCGUGUACGGCCACUUUCUGGACAAGCCCUUUGAUGGUCCAGACACAGAUUAUGAUUAUGUAACCCCGACUGCAGAGACUCACAAACCUGAGGAAGAUACGUUUGGGGUCUCCAUAGCAGUCGGGCUGGCAGGGUUCGCCUGUGUGGUGCUGGUGGUUCUCUUCCUUCUCGUCAACAAAUAUGGACGACGCUCAAAGUUUGGCAUGAAAGGACCAGUAGCAGUGAUUAGUGGGGAGGAAGACUCUGCCAGCCCCCUUCAUCAUGUCAACCAUGGGAUUAUCAGCCCCUGUACGCUGGAUGGCGGGCCAGAUGCCGUGGUGAUUGGGAUGACCAGGAUCCCCGUCAUAGAGAACCCACAGUACUUCAGACACGGACACAACUGUAACAAACCCGCCACCUAUGUUCAGCAUAUUAAACGGAGGGACAUUAUUCUGAAGAGGGAGCUCGGAGAAGGAGCCUUCGGCAAGGUCUUCCUGGCUGAAUGUUACAACCUGAGCCCGACCAAGGACAAGAUGCUGGUAGCUGUAAAGACUCUGAAGGACCCCACUCUUGCAGCCAGGAAGGAUUUCCAGCGCGAGGCUGAGUUGCUGACCAACCUGCAGCACGAGCACAUAGUCAAGUUCUACGGUGUGUGUGUGGACGGAGACCCUCUGAUCAUGGUCUUUGAGUACAUGAAGCACGGAGAUCUCAACAAGUUUCUCAGAGCCCACGGGCCGGAUGCCAUGAUCCUGGUGGACGGACAGCCUCUGCAGACCAAUGGGGAGCUGGGUCUGUCCCAGAUGUUUCACAUAGCCAGUCAGAUCGCAGCUGGCAUGAUCUACUUGGCGUCUCAACACUUUGUGCACCGCGAUCUGGCAACCAGGAACUGCCUGGUGGGGAAUGGCCUUCUGGUGAAAAUAGGAGACUUUGGCAUGUCCAGAGACAUCUACAGCACAGAUUAUUACAGGGCAUCACGUGUGGGAGGGCACACCAUGCUGCCUAUUCGCUGGAUGCCUCCAGAGAGCAUCAUGUACAGGAAGUUCACCACAGAGAGUGACGUGUGGAGCUUCGGAGUCAUCCUGUGGGAGAUCUUCACCUACGGCAAGCAGCCGUGGUUCCAGCUCGCCAAUAAUGAGGUGAUAGAGUGCAUUACUCAGGGCAGGGUACUGGAGCGGCCCAGGCUCUGUCCAAAGGAAAUCUACGAUAUGAUGCUGGGCUGCUGGCAGAGGGAGCCACAACAGCGCCUCAACAUUAAAGACAUUCAGAAGAUGAUGUUUACUUUGAUGAAAGCUACACCGGUCUAUCUGGACAUUCUGGGAUAGAAAUGGAUAGGGGGGGGGAGGAAUUGGAUGUAUUUUAGGUCGGACUAGAUUUUCACUGGAAUAUACAUACACAGUACACUGGAUUGGAAGGAUUGCCUUGUAGCAGAAAUAUGGCCUGGACUCACAGAAUAGUCUGGGAUGGAACCAUGGGAAUUGGGAUUAAGAAUGGACUGUACCUCGCCCCCAACCCCCAAGUGUCAGAUAUAUAAGUAUUGGAAAUGUGGAGUAAUGUGUGUUUAACUGGAUUAGAAUGAAAUGGAAAACAUUACAUUGCAUCACAUUAAAGUCAAAGGGAAUGUCUUGGGUCUGGGCUUGUUAGGUCCAGUCCUUUUUGAAUGAACUGUGAAGAUUGGAUUGCAUCAAACUGGACGGAACUGGAUUAACUUGAUUGUACUGGUCUGGUAUAGUUUGGUUUAAUUAGCCUAAUGUAGGUUACUUCAUGUCCUAGCCUAUGUCCUCAUUUCACCCAUUUUGAAUCAGUGCAGCUUGGGUUCUUGAGCUUGAGGAAGCCUGACCUGGCCUGGUAGAAUCUGGCUCUGCUUGGCUAUAUUUCUAAUACCCUAUCCCUAAUGAUAUUGACCACACCCUGACUUGUUUUUAUCUGUGUCCAUUGCUAAGUCAAGCAUGGGUUGGUUUGGCUCAAUUUAGCUUGGUUUUACAAACCCUGCAUUAGAGCCAUCUUUUAUCUUUAUUACUUGGCCUUAUUUGGCUUGUACUUGUGCCUGGUCCUCACAGAGUAAACCAUCCUCCACUGUGUAAUGUAGACGUUUAGAAAGAGGACCUGUACACAGUAAUCUAAAGAUAUCUCAUGCUUUUUUUAAACAUUUGGAUGCUUGUGUGUUCCAGGAUAUCUUACCCAGGCUUUAUUAUUUGCCUAUAAUUGUACAUGCCUUGGGCUUGCCAUUAUUGCUUGGCCAAAAUGGACUCAAUGCCCUUCAUGUAGAACUUGAAAAUGUUUAUGGCAAAUGUUCUGGAAGAUCUUCAUCAUCACCGUUUCGAAGUACUAAACAUGUCUGUUAAGUAAAUCUUUUAGGGUCAAAAAUCUAUUAAUGACCUACUUUUGGGGUGGGAGCUGUCUGCUUCUGAUGACAUUUGUUAUUCCAAAAUGAUGAUCUUUGAUGGGUUUCAUAGAACCAUGGAUAGAGGAACUGAAGUGUUGCAUCAUUUCAUUUUGGUAUUUUUGUUGACAUGACUACUCCUGAAACCAGCAGCCUCCCUUUGGUUGCCACUGGAAUUAACCUGAUACAAAUGUCAAAGAAAGACUAACAUGCUGACAAAGUAAACCACCACAUUCUAGACAGCAGUCAGUAAAAGAAGGACCAGGCAGGUGUGGCUUAACGUUAAGUUAAUGCACUGUUCACAUGACCAUAUGUAAGACAGAUUUCAUUUUUCAUCACUGUUCAUUGAAACAUGCGUCAAUGAGAAAGGACAACGUGCAUAAAUCACACACAUCAUGUGCAGCAGCCACUGUGUCAGCACGCUCCAAUGUUUCCAUCUGCAAAGCCUUCUGGUCCAGGACUCUUGCUACCGAACUGAGCUGCUACCAGACCUUCCAAUCCUGAGCCUGGAGGUGUGGCCUGAGUGACUGUCUGUCGCCAUAGAGAUGGACCUAAGUGCCUCCUACUUCUUUCUAAACACUGGGAACUAAAAAAAAAAAUAGUCUUUCAAAAUAAGAGCACUUUUACAUUUUGUUUACCUGCUUAUAAAAUGUACAAUAGCUGUAAACCUUCCUCGUUUUUCUUACAAACUUUCAGCACUCUAUGUAUUGCAAAAAAAAAAUACUCAGAAAUAGGAAUAAAAUGAUGAAAAUGAUACAGAAAAAAUAACCCCUGGAAAAAGAAAAAAAUGUUUAAAAAAAACGAAGCUUUUUUUGUACCCUUUGCAGCUUGACAAGAUCAUUGAACUACCCAAGGUGAAGUUACAUUUUCUGUUUAAAAAAUAAUUUUUUUUUUUUUUUAUUUAUUUUCAUUUUAAAUCAAAGAGUGGACCUCUGCCAUGCUUCAAAGCCACUGGAAUAUUCUGCCACUGGGUAGGAAAGACCUGAUUACCAGGAUUAGACCAACUGUUGGCUGUCGUGUUGCGUACUUGGAUGGUCUCUGACGUCAGCGAGCAACAGCAGCUGUACGGCAACACAAAGGAUCGACCAAGCUGCCGGUCAAUGAACAAAACCUUUUUAAAAAGAAUGUAUAUACUGUAAAUCUAUACGUCUUGAGAUAUGUUAACUUAUUUCCUUCUCUCGAGUUUGAUUAUUUUUAGCUUCUUGAUGUGUUGUUAAAUGGUUCAGUGAAGCCAAAAGAUAUUUUAACAAUCUUUCUUUCUAAUUGUAAUUAUAGUUAUUAUUUACUUUAUCUAGUCAUACAACGUCUUUUCAACAUUUUAACAAGAUAAUCAACAUUGAAAUCAUUUCUGUUCAUUGUUCUUUUAGUUGCUCAUUAAAUAGAAAUGUGUGAGUCAGGACAGUAGGGGAAAGACGUAAAGUUAUCUGUCCAGUGUUUGAGUAACCUACUCAGAGUACAAGUCCUCUUCUAGGAUCAGGGACGUUCUUCAAUUUUAAAGGAACAGUUGAACAUUUAGUUUUGUCAUUCACCACUUUUAGUCAGAUAAAAAGAUUGGUGUCCAUUCUGGCGUCUUUAGCUUUUUGGAACCAUGGGGCAAACUGCUAGCCCAGCUCCCACUAAAGGGACAAAAUGAAUAAAUACAUUCUGUCUUUUUAACUGGGUUUUACAACAACAUAGCAACAUUUCCCAAAAUGUUAAACUGUUUCACAAGUAAUACCUAACAUCUUUUAUUAUGGCCAUUUUUGGAUCUUUCUUUCCAACUUUUCAUUUUAUUAUACUGUACAUCGUUCGUGUAUACAUUUAUAUUCCACCUGGUUUGCAGUUAAUUAUGAUCAGAAAAGCACUUGUACACUGAAAGGCCUACUACAAAUGUAGUUUGCCGGACACUUAUACUGUAUAUAUAUAUAUAUAUAUAUAUGUGCCUCGGUCACAGUUAUUAGACUUGCUCAGGCAGGUGAUAGAGGAACAUUUUUUAUCAAAAAUACACCAAUUUAUAGACAAUGCCAUUGGCUCAAUCUCACCACAAAUCAGGACAUUGGGUCAUUAGCUAGACAUGCUCUACAGGUUUGAUAGGUGGGGAAUUAUGUCUAAAGCUAAAACAUUGGGUCACUGAGCUCUUGAAACAAUCAGUAAAGAAUGUAUCUGUCUUUAAUCGAUGACACAUACCAGUUAUCAGUAGGCAGCGCUCUGCCCAUUAGCUCGACAAGCAAAACUCAUACUAAACUGUAAAUGAGUCAACCUACCAUCAAAAUGACAAAACCUUGCUAAAAUAUUGUCUGAAAUGAUAGCCAUAACUGCAUUAAUGUGUCAUUUGUGUGAAGGUAAAGAAUGGGUCACAAGGCCACAGGGAGAAAGAGAAAGGUUUAGCAUGGACAGAUAGCUGAGAGAUAUCUACAUGUAAGCCACUGCCAUACUAUUCAGUGUACUGUUGUUUGAUUGUCAUGUAUCUGAUGUUGUUAGAACUACUUUCUCAAAAGCACAUUUGUGCUAAAUCAUUUAACUCCAAAUUGUCACCUGGCAUUAAAGUUGUAAUGGAGAUACAAAUGUGUCAAGAUUGAACAGAUGCUUACACCCGUGCUGCCUGGGGAGAUAGUAUGGGCAAAUCGGAUUUCAAUGCUUUUGUGUGUGGCCUCGGGUUUAUACUAAAUUACAUGUUCAUGGACAAAUUACUACCAGAAUGGCAGGAUAAAAUAGGGCCAACGGUUUGUUACAGCUUGUGUAAAACAUCGCCCAGAGUGUGAACCUUUCCAGCCUCUUUCUUUCUAAACCCUUUCAAGAACUACUGUAUGAUACCAUUACUACUGUAGUCAUACGUGGCUGUUUUCUGUUUUAACUGUUACCAUAUUAAGCGGCUAUAUUCCACAAGUAUGAAUAUAUUAGAAGAUGGAGUUUUAGCAGGGACAUGAUUAAGCUACAGAUGCUCUUCUGUCCCAUGAGCAACACGUCACAGCUUCUUGUUUUUCACACUACUGAAAAAGUCUGUUGUGCAUAAAAGUGGAAAUAGGAGAAUGUAAAAACACACAUAUAUUGGAUCAGCGGCAUGUACAGUAGGUGCCAUCUUUCUCUCACUGUAAAUGUUUUUUUUCUGGAUGUCCUCCAGGAAGUCAGGUUCUACAAAUACAGUCUAUAGCUGCUCGGGAGGAGCUGCUUCAUUAGAAUGUCCAUGGGUUGAUGAGCUCAUUGUAGCACCUUCCAUGGCUUAAGAAAAGUGUAACGAGUGUGUUUGUGUUACAGAGCCCAAAGAGCCUUGCAUGAUGGUAGUUCACACUCACAAACAUAUGUCAGACAAAUGUUAGACCGGCCUUCAUUUUGCUCUCGAGAUGCACUCAGACUGAAAGUAAUGUUACAGUUUGCCUUGCAUUAAUCACCAGAAUGGGCCACUGGAGGGUUUUUGCCAUUCAUAUAUAGAGAGAUAUAUUUACAGAAAAUCCUACAUUGGUUAUCCUUGGAGAUUCUCAUUUUAUUUCACAGACUCCAAGUGUUUCACAUAAAAGCUGCACUGUGAGACUGCAAUGUAAAUCCCCAGCUGUGUUAUCUGCCUCAGCUACAAAGCAUGUAGCAUGUGUUGACACUCUGUUGUCUGUCAUCCCUGUGAUAUCCUGUGGUAUAGUAAAACCUGGUAAACCUCAGGGUUGGUGAACAUGACUUCAUCCCCAUCCAACAGGACUCCUGGGUACAGCUUUUAUACGAUGCUAAAUCAGUGUGGGCCUACUCACACAGGUCAGGUUCUGCAGACUUUGAAAGGUCAGUUGCUCUGCUCUGCUUUCAUUUUGAGUAGCCAUGACAUAGUGAAGUGAUGGAAACAUCCUUUCGGUCAGUCAGUAAGCUAGCAUAGCUGAUGAUCAUUAGCAAAAGAACGAAGAUAAACCAUCACCAUCCACUUUAUUUUUUAUGGUUUUUAAUUGAUAUCAGCUGUCUUAAUACAGGAGUCAACUUUAAAAUCACAUUUAGGACCAGGUACAUAUAAAUGGGGUGACAGUGGUGUCCCAGUAUAAAACCACCUCUAAAUGCACAGCAACAUAUUGGUUAAUACCCUCCAGUGGCAACAUUCAGGCCCAAUGCAGGGGGAGGUGUGCCCCUCCUUGUAGUGAGUGGGGAAGUCAGGUUGUGGAGGGAGGGGAGCUAGAUGACUUUGUGUCGCAUCACCUGUAAUUUGAUUUUAUCUGCAACCGUGUAAGAUAUUUUGUUAACCAAAGUAGAUGUUUUAAUAAUUUAACGUCAAUCAUAGCAAUGAUCUUGAAAGUUUAAAGUUGUUAUGUGCAAGCAUAGUCAUUCCAAAUGCAUUGGCACCGACAGUUACCAAAUGUCGGUAUUGAAAGGAAUCCAGCGUUUUGCAGAGCCAUUCCAUAUCAUUGUUCUGUCUGGCAGUGGGGUUGAUAUUAUGAUGGCAAUUUUUUUAAUUUGGCCAAACAGGAAGAAUAGAAUACCAGCAUCCCAAAAUCUACAUCAUGCCAUUAAAUUAUUAUGGUGUAAUCUUUGUGGGGUCAGGCCCAACCUGUUCCUUGUUUGAGGGAGGUCAGCCUUCAGGACUCUAAAGGACUUUAAAUGAGGCAGCCAGUCCAAGAACAACCACCACCAACCUGUUUCACGUUUCAGGCAGACCUGACACAUGCUCGGCCGCUCUAAAGCAUUCUGGGCUAGUACAAACAGCUUCCUGGAGGACAAAAUAAGUCUGACAAACACUUCAAACUUUCAAAGAUUGUGAAGGGACUCACCACGCUGCUUAACGUGUCCUGUGUGAUCACAGCUUUAAGCUUUCAUUGAGUCUCAGUUGUAUACUUCAUUACUUCUAAUGGCAUUAGGGUGUUGGCUCAUGACAUCACAUUUAUUCGACAGUGUUUUUCUUUUUUUCCAGCAUUAUUGUUCUUUCUCUUCAAUCUGACUUGCUCGUGUACUCUUUCAUCCCCCCCUUUCUCUCAAGCGUUUUCCUGCAUCUUGUUUCCCAUACAAAGUAUUUAAGCUGAAUAUGUUAAAGCCAUCAUUACUCAAUAAUAAGUCAGUGUCUUUCUCUUCUGCUCUCUCUCUCUCUCUCUCUUUUCUCUCUGGGUAACGUGUUGUAUAUCUGUCUCCAUACUAUCAUUUUAUUACGAUGUAUUAGAAUAAUUUGACAACUUGUGUAAUGUCUUUUUAAAAAGCUGAGAUGUGGUGAACUUUUAAGGUGGCUCUGUUUGUGAUUCCAACUCAUUAAAAGUUACUUCAUCUUUGAA